UUCACAGUUUGUAGCUCAGAAUAAUAUGCAAGUAAAGUCGGUCAGAAGAAAACUAAGAAACGACCAUUCAAUAUCAGAUAGAGAAAAACCUUAAACUUAAAUACAAUGAGGUCAUUCAUGUCUUUAAUUUGUCUAAUCAGCCUGAUAAAUACUUCAAUCAUGCUAACCAAGAAUGGCAUGUUUAUUUUAAUGAAUAAUGGCUUUGCAGGUCCUUCUGAUGCUUUGCUAAAAGAGAUAACUGUAUCUUCGAAAAUUCAAUGUGCUGUAAGUUGUUUGAAAAUCACCAACUGUCUGUAUGCGGCAAUGUCUUCACCUAGCGACAAUUCCGAUACCUUUAUCUGUCAACUUUUGAAAGGGUUUCCUCCCUCCUCGAUGGUGGCUCAGAUAGGAUGGUCAUUAUAUACAAAACCUGAGAAUCACCUUCAAAAAACUUACUACGGUCUUGACCCUUAUGAUGCACUUGACAAUAACAACGACGAUUACUACGAAAUGUUUUGCUCAAGCAACAGUCUAUUCACUGGCAUAUGGGAAGACAGUGAAGAAUACUGGGACAUAGACCUGGCAAAGUGUAUGGGAUUAGGAAACAUUCCUGUUGUAGACACGUCUAGUGGGGUUCAAGUUGAGAUUUAUCGACCACCUUCUUAUGUUGACGGACCACGUGAAUGUCCUAAUGGCUACGUCAUCACAGGAACACAUGACAACAGCGAUCGUUUCUCGUCUCCGAACUACGUCCAGUGCUCCCCAUUGGUUGCAGGUUGGUCAGUUGACUAUAGCGACUGUAACAUUACCAUUAGAACGACCCAACAUUACUAUGGACCUACGGAACCAGAUGAAACUUGGAAUUACGAGUGUUCUCCUGACACCUGGUUCGUGAAAGCAAUGGUUGGAAUGGAACUUCUAGACGACAUAGCGAUUAAAUGUUGCACGAUUUAUCGAAGUGGAUAGACUCGGACACAAAAACCUGUACACAUUUUUCUUUGGCUGUUGAUUUUGUCGCAAGCAAUAUAUAUUCACCUUUGAGAACUAGAUUAUAAUGAAGAGAAUUUCUUCACUUAUUAUUAUUUAUCACAUAUUCUAGUCUGAUAGGCAAGAAGAAUACUUAGAAAAUGUACACAAAUCCUAAUCCUUAAAACUCUAUAGAUUUCAUGGUUGAGCUGGAAAUGAAGGACAACUUUAGAAACGUCCCAAGUAUCGGGUUUCUUUAAUUGAACGUUUUCCUGCUAAAAUGUUUAUUGAAAGACUAAAAGCGAUAUUUUUUAUAGAUAAAGCUUGAAAUUCAAUUAUUUUCGUUAAGCUAAUGUCUAAAUUUGAAAAUAUGA